GACUUCCGCGCGCCGUAUUCAAAGUUUUCAUGCACAGCCUUUGUUAGCAGCUCUAGGCUGCCUUGUUUGUUUUUUAUUUUAUCUUGUAUUUAUUGUAAUAUACUAUUACGCGUUUAUUUAAAUCACUAUGGACUUCUUAGAUUCGCCUGUUUGUCCAAUAAGGCUACAAAACUCGCCGAGGAAAUCCCGGGGACAGAUUCAGAUUAUAUUUGGACCGAUGUUUUCAGGCAAAAGCACUGAGCUGAUGAGAAGAGUGCGCCGUUUCCAGGUGGCCCAGUACAAAUGUUUGGUGAUUAAAUAUGCCAAAGACAUCCGGUAUUCUGACUCUGGUAUGGCCACACAUGACAAAAACACCAUGGAGGCCGUGCCUGCCACCUGUCUGGGAGAUGUUCGAUCCGUUGCUCUGAAAGCCUGCGUCAUUGGAAUUGAUGAAGGACAGUUUUUUCCAGACACCGUGGAGUUUUGUGAGGAGAUGGCCAAUUUAGGGAAGACGGUCAUCGUAGCUGCCUUGGAUGGAACCUUCCAGAGGAAGCCUUUUGGGAACAUCCUGAACCUGGUUCCGCUGGCAGAGAGCGUGGUGAAGCUCCACGCCGUCUGCAUGCAGUGCUACAAAGAAGCGGCCUACACCAAGAGGAUAGGAACCGAGAAAGAGGUGGAAGUGAUUGGUGGUGCUGACAAGUACCAGGCAGUGUGCAGAAAGUGUUAUGGAGGUCUGGGAGUUGACAAAGAGAACAGUUCCUCUUGCAGGAAUGAAACUCCCCAACAUGUCCUGACGGGAAAACCCACCGACCCCAACGUUCCCCGGAAACUUUUCUCUCCUCUGCACCUUUGAGGGGAAUCAAGACUUAAUGCAUCAGUUAUUAAAAUCAAUUUUGUGAGCA